AUGGCUCGCCUUGUGUCCGUAGUCACCGCGAGCAGCAACUCCGGCGCUCAAUGCGUGAGAGAUCUGCUACAGCAGGAAGCUCUCAAGGGGAAGGCCAAAGUCCGCGCUGUCUACCGCACCAAGGAGAAGGCUGAUGCAGCGCUUGCGGAGCUAGGAAAGCAUGAGUCUGACUGGAGUCUCUUGGCUCUCUUGACUUCAGACAACCUUGAGUGCAUCCAUGGAGUGGACGCCAUGAAGAUGGACACGCUUAUGACCGCCUUCGAGGGAGCUGAGGUUGCUGUCAUCGUCACUCCCCAUGAUGCCGCUGUCGGCUUCGCUAACGAUGCCGAGAUGUGUCACAACAUGGUGAACGCCGCGGUCUCGUGCAACGUGAAGCACAUCGUCUACGUCGGGAGCUGGACUGUCGCUGUGUCUCAGUACAUCAAGAUUAUCUCCUCGCGCUUUGCGUCCACCGAGAAGCUGCUGAGGGAGCUCGGAGAGCAGAAGAAGGGCAUGUACCUGCAGAUCACCUGGAACCAUCUUCGCUCCGGCUUCUUCAACCAGAAUCUGGUUCACAUGAUGGGCCAUGGGGUGAAGGCAGGGAAGGUCCGCUUCCCGGACAUGAAGAUCCCAUGCGUCGAUCCUCGCGACAUGGGAACGAUGGCUGCCUUCAUCGCCUGCUCCGACUAUGCCAAGGAGCAUGCCAAUUGCUGCUACGAGGUCUCAGGCCCCGAAAACCUGACUUCAGCCCAAAUCGUGGAAGCGAUCGGAACUGCCGUGGGGAAGAAGGUCGAAUAUGAGCCCGUUCCCAUCAAGGAGCACAUGGAGAAACUCCCGCAGUUCAUGAAGGAGGUGUUCCAUUGCAUGGAGGAGCUUCCUGAUUCCAUCCCCUGCACCGACGACGUCGAGAAGGUCACUGGGAUCCGAGCUAGAACCCUCUCGGCAUGGCUCAACGAGAACGCGGCAGCCUUCGCCUGA